AUGCACUUCUCAAAGUUCCUCAUCCUCAGCGCGGCCACUCUGGCCCUUGCCCACCCCGGCGAGAAGCAUGACAUGAAGGCCGUCAAGCGCGAAAUCCACCUUCGCGAUGCCUUGGCUGCCAGGGCUCAACAGGGUGUGAACGCUUGUUCCUCGUCCCAGGCCGCCCAGCAGGUUCAGCAGCGCAGCAUUGCCCGCCGCGCGCAGACUGCGAAGGAGUUGCGUUCCAAGCGCGGAAUUACCUCUGCUCCACAGAAGUGGCGUCGUGACCUCGCUGCUCUCGAGAAGUGGGAGGCCAUCAACCACAACAAGACUGGUCUUCUGGACUACGGUCCCAACUCCGAUGCCGACAUCUUCGGUGCCAACACCAGCUCGAUCUUGACUCCUACCAUCACCGAUGGUCCCUACUACGUCUGGGGCGAGGUUAUUCGCCAGAACGUCAAGGAGGAGAAAUACUGUAACGGUAUCGAUGUCUAUCUUGAGGUUCAGUACAUCGAUGUGAGCACCUGUCUUCCUGUUCAGGGCGCAUUGGUCGACAUCUGGAACGCCAACGCUACUGGUGUCUACAGUGGCAUCUCCACCAGCGGCAACUACGCCGCCGGCGGCUGGGACUCGACCUACCUCCGUGGUAUCCAGGAGACCAACGAGGAGGGCGUCGUGACCUUCAACACCAUCUUCCCCGGUCACUACGACGGUCGCGCCACCCACACCCAUCUCCUCACCCACCUCAACUCUACCAUCAACCGCAACAACGGUACCCUGCAGGUCGGUACCGGCAGCGUCGCGCACAUCGGCCAGCUGUUCUGGAACGAGGUCCUCCGCUCCGCCGUCGAGAACACCUACCCGUACACCACCAACACUCAGGCUGUCACCACCAACGCGGAGGAUAUGUGGAGUGUCCUCCAGGCUUCGUCCGCCUAUGACCCUUUCCCCGAGUACUUGUACCUCGGUGACAGUCUGGAGGACGGCUUGUUUGCCUGGAUCCAGAUUGGCAUCAACACCACGGCUGAUUACACGGACAACUCCUACUACAGCAUCGCUGCUUACUACGAUGAGACCGGUGGCCACCAGAACACCGACAGCUCUGCCUUCGGUGGCGGUGGUGGCUCUGGCUCUGGUGAUGCCAUGCCCUCCGGCUCCAUGAGCGGCAUGCCUUCUGGGUCCAUGGGUGCUGCUCCUACCCAGAGUGCCUGA